UUCCACAUGGUGUCCGCCGUCAUCCGGCUCGGGCACAAGUACCAGAUGCAGAAAAUGGUCACCCGAGCCGUGGACUACCUGAAACGCUGGUUCUCCGACGACUUCGACGCAUGGUCCGCCGGCAGGCUUUACGAGCCCGGCGCCUCGCUCAGGUGCAUGCACGCGAUUGGCGUCGUCAACCUCGCACGUCUCGUCGAUGAGCCCUCUCUCCUACCGACUGCCCUGCUCGUGUGUUGCACGCUCGACGAGCGGAUCGUCGAGGGGUUCGCGCGCGAAGACGGGGCACAAGAGACACUGACGCUGGGCGAUAUCGGCCGCUGCUUCCGCGCGCGAGCGCGCCUGGCGGAGCACUCGCUUAUCCUCGCAAUGCGCAUUUUCAACCCGGACGUCGCGUACGAAUGCGAGGACCGGCCGCUGUGCGAGAGGGCGCUGCGCGCGAUGCUGCUGAGCGUGGAGGACCGGUCGGAGUCGUUCGCGUCCCCGGACGUGUUUCCCUCGUGGCUGGAUCCGAUGGGGGAGAAGGGUCUCCUGUCUGAGUGCUGCAGGGAUUGCUAUGAAAUGCUGGAGAGACGCGAUAGGCAGGAGCGCUUGGAGGUGUGGAGGGAGCUGCCUGGGAUCAUGAGGGUUGACGUCGAUGGGUGGGCAGCAAAUAUGCGUUAG